AUGCAGUGCACGAAUACUAUAGGCCCACACGACCAAAUGGUGCGUAUCUGCGCCUGCGGAAUGGCAUACUACUGCUCCGGCAGCUGCCAGCGCAUGCAUUGGCAUGAGCAUCGAGAGGAAUGCCUGGAAAAUAACGGUCCUUGGGAUCUGAACGGCGAAAUAUCCAUCUCCGACGUCGUCUUCACCGGCGACAUCGUCAGCUGGUACAUCUCCGACCACAAGGACGAGAUCGGCGCGCAACUAUCCAAACUCAACCUCCUCCCCAAGUACCGCGGCGGCCAGCCCAAGCAGGCCGUCCUCCACGUCGACCUCACCGACCUCAUCCCGCCGCUGCCCACACACCAGAUCAACGUCCAGGCCAAGCCUGCGAGCGUACCGGGCGUGGUGAUGGUCGAGGUGUGCUUAAGGUUGGGGAAUUUAAGGGCGACGAGGUGGAUGCCGUUUAUUAUGCCGUUGUUUUAUUUUGGGCUGUGA